GAAAGAAAACCCAGCUGCAAGCGCGUGACCGCCGACGCCACCCAAAGCGUGUGACCGCGAUGGCGCCGCCGACUGUCAAGAAUUUGCCAAGAGGAUCAUCAGGUCAGAACCACGAUGAAGCCAUGAAGUUUGCUAACAAUGAGGCUGAAGAGGGGGUAUUGCGCCUGCAGCAAAGAAAGCCAUCUGAUAUUUUUGUUUUCCCGCCUAUCCAGAUUCAUCAGCCAGUACCUUCUCUCAUCAAGACAUAUUUGGCUACUCAUCAGAGGUUCCGGGACUUAAGUUCGAUGAACAUGAAAGGUUCUUCAUUUGGAAGGAAAGGUGUCCCUGUUACCUCACCGUAUGACGCAGCGAUAUGUCUAUUUUACUAUACAGAAUGA